GGUCCUCCUCAUUCAUUCCGGAGAAAGACCUCUUAGUGGGAGGCAGGCAGGAUGACAGGCAACAUCGACGGGAUUGAGAGGUUUGACAGCCCCGGCAAAGGGCGAGGUCUGCGCGUAACGAGAGCCUUUAAGGUCGGGGAGCUGAUCUUCUCCAGCCCGGCCUACUCCUAUGUGCUAUCUGCCAAAGAGAAAGGAGAAUACUGUGAAUUCUGCUUCAACAGGAAGGAGAACCUUGCAAGAUGCGGGAAGUGCAAGAAAGCCUUCUACUGCAAUGUCAAAUGUCAGAAGGGGGACUGGGCCAUGCACAAGCUGGAGUGCUCUGCCAUGGUUGCAUUCGGGGAGAAAUGGUGCCCGUCAGAGACAUCCCGACUGGUGGCUCGAAUUCUCGCCAAGAAGAAAACACAGAAAGAACGAUGUUUGUCUGAGAAGAUUUUACAGAUUGGAGAAAUGCAGUCUCACGUAGAGGACAUAGACAAUGAGAAAAGAGAAAACAACCAGGCAGACAUCGCCGGUCUGCAUCAGUUUUACUCCAAACAUCUGGACUUUCCCGACUCCAAAGAGCUUCUCUCGCUCAUCUCACAGGUGUCCUGUAAUGGCUUCACCAUAGAGGACGAUGAACUGUCCCACAUGGGCACCGCAGUCUACCCAGACGUGGCGCUAAUAAACCACAGCUGUCUGCCCAGCGUCAUAGUCACUUACAACAGGACGCGGGUUGAGGUUCGAGCGGUGAAGGACAUGAAGCCCGGAGAUGAAGUCCUGAUCAGCUACAUAGACCUGCUCUACCCUACCGAGGACCGCAACAACAGGCUGAGAGAGUCUUACUACUUCACAUGUGACUGCCAGGAGUGUAAGAGCAGGUCGAAAGACAAGGUGAAGCUGAAAGUGCGUAAGCAGAGGGAGCCCAUCGAGGCCGAUGCCGUCAGCGCCAUGGUGCGCUAUGCCAGGAAGACCAUCCGGGAGUUUCGAGCCCUCAAACAUGUAAAGACCCCUAGUGAGCUGCUGGAGAUGUGCGAGCAGAGCCUGGAGGAGAUGGGGGCAGUGUUUGACGACUCCAAUGUCUACAUGCUCCACAUGAUGUACCAGGCCAUGGGUGUGUGCAUAUACAUGUCAGACAUAGAGGGAGCCGUGCGAUACGGGGAGAAGCUCCUCAAGCCUUUCAGCCAGUUGUAUCCGGCCUACUCUCUGAACGUGUCGUCCAUGUACCUGAAGCUGGCCAGACUCUACAUGGGACUGGAUAGGCACUCUAUGGGCUUGAGUGCCCUGAAGAAGGCAAUGGCCAUCAUGGAAGUGGCCCACGGCAAAGAUCACCACUAUCUGAAAGAGCUGCGCAAAGAGAUGGCACAACAGUGAAAAGAAACACACUUUCUACUGUUUUGAUACUGAAAGAAUGGAAGUCAAUGACAUGUUUGGGAUGCUGGGUGUUUGUAAGAUGUUUUUGUCAUGUCCAUCCAGAAAGUUGUGCAUGUGAUGUAUACUGUUGUGAAGCUGGAUGCUGUUUUUGUUGUUUUAACUCUUUACUGUUUAGCUCCCUGCUUAUAAAAAGGUAACAAAAAUGGAAUAACUAAAUAUUUGUUUCAUUUUCACAACUUUCUGGAAGUUCUUUUUUGUUUUCCUGGAAC